AGUGUGCUGUAACACCAGGAGGUGGCGGUGUUGUACUUAAAGAAGCACCACACAGGCUUAGGNCUGAGAUCUCUUACANCUGUGGGAAAUCCGCNGCCUGUUGCAUCACUGCNGACCCAGCAAAGCCAUUUGUGAGCAUUUGGUGCCACCUGCCUGCUUUACAGUAAGAAUCCACAGAACUUGCAGAGCCGUUCUAACUAGGACGCAAACUGGAGAAAACAAAACCAUACUCACACCAUGGGAAACUACAAAAGCAUUCCGACUGUAUCUCUGCGCCCCCAAAGCCUCAACACAGACUCCCAGGUGUCUGUGCCCCGAGGCAAAUGCCCUAACCCAGGAGUCUGUGCCCCAAAAACUGGAUUCAGGGGCCCUAAACCAGUUNCCUGUGUCCCCAAAGCCUGGUGCAGCGGUCCUAUCCCAGGUGUUUGUGCCCCAAAAGUCUGCUGCAGAGGCCCUAACCCAGGUGUCUGCACCCCCAAAGCCUGCUUCAGAGGCCCUAACCCUGGUGUCUGUACCCCCAAAGCCUGGUGCAGAGGCCCUAACCCUGGUAUCUGCACCCCCAAAGCCUGCAGAGGCCCUAACCCAUGUGUCUGCACCCUCAAAGCCUGCAGAGGCCCUAACCUUUGUGUCUGGUGCAGAGGCCCUAACCUUUGUGUCUGCGGCCCCAAAGUCGGGUACAGAGGCCCUAACCCAUGUGUNUGCACCCCAAAGCCGGGUACAGAGGCCCUAACUGAGGUGUCUGCACCCCCAAAGCCCAAGGCAGAGGCCCCAACUGAGGUGUCUGCACCCCCAAAGCCCAAGGCAGGGGCCCCAACUGAGGUGUCUGCACCCCCAAAGCCCAGGGCAGAGGCCCCAACUGAGGUGUCUGCACCCCCAAAGCCCAGGGCAGAGGCC